AUCGUAUUAUAGGUGCUAGUUUCGUAGAACGCAGCCAUUCUAUUAAAAAGUAACGGACAUAACCUCCAAAAACUGCAAAAUAUUUUCAAAUACCGAGUCCAUGUGUUAUUUACUUCCAAUAAAGUGUAAUUUGUCGAAUAUUGGCUAUAAAUGGACGUGAUAACACUAUCUUCCUCUGACGAUGAAAGCUCAUCUUACAAACAACCGAGGAAACGAAUAAAAUUGCAAACACUUCCAUCGAAAACAAUCUGCCUGGACUCAUCAGACGACGAACCGUCGCAGUCCCAUCUAGUAUCCAAAGAAAACGGCAUUACCAAAUGUGAACCUGGAGCAGAAUGUGACAACUCCAUUAAUUCGGGUCGUGAAGAAGUAGGCCAUGGUAUUGCAGAAUCGGCGCCAAUUCCCUUAGAAAGUACCGAACCUAAAACUGAUAGUGCAGACGUAAUUGAAGAAAAGCUGACGAGGUUCUUCGAUAAGUGCUUCAAGACUGUAACGCGAUCGGAUCAUAAAGAACUUUUUAUUCAAGUCAUUCCCAAAGUGAAAGCCUACUACGACAAGCUAAAAAGACUGAAGUGUAAUUUAAAAGAUUUUGAGUGUGUGCUCGAUAGGGAUACAAACGUCGAAUACGAUGCCCGGACCGCGUCGUCGAGGUUCGAUCAAAUCUUCCAAUUUCUGAAGGGGAAGAUUAACGAAUUGGAAAACACGAUCGUCAUUCAAGGACCGAAAAAGCAGCACCUGAAAAAGCUGGAGAAGGCCCUCAGGUUGGUCAAUCGUAGGAUAGCGAAGCUCGACAAUGCGGAGGUGAACUUCGACGACGAAGAGAACUCUCACUAUCUGCAGGCAGCCAAGUACAAAGAGAGGGCGACGAAGAUCUUUAGGAAAAUUUGCGAGAUCCGCAAGGAGGAUCCGAACAUGGAUCGUCCACUGUAUACGAAAAUUAAUUUUACCAAGUCGAAAUUUCCGGAAUUCAAUCGGGUCAUUAAUAAACGAUUUAGGGACUUUCUUCAGUUUCCGACGUAUUACGAUAUGGAUCAGUGCCUUCGAAAGUGCGUCGCCGAUAAGGGUAUGCAAGUUCGCGAGGAGGAACUCAAAUCGGAGGUAAAGUUUUGCUUCGAGAAAUUGGGGUUGUCUAUGAAACAGAAGCGCUCGUUGGACUUGUACGAUUCGCACAGUGAUUUUAUUGCCGGAACCGAGGAUCCCGCACAAAAUAACGAGGAAGUUACUAACAGAUUACGCGAGAACUAUAGAAAUGGUAGCAAAAGAAUGGAGGAGGUGCUCGAGAAAUAUACGCGGAUGCAAGAGAGUGGUGUUAAUCCCGAUGUUAGUUCAGAUAGUGACGAUAGUAAUAUUGAUAGCAAUUAAGCGAAUUUAAACCUUUAUACUGAAUCGUUACUGUUAAUUUUUAACCAUUUAAUGUAUAAUUGGGAUCCUGUUUGACAGGUGCAUUAGGCUAUGAAAAUUAUAAGUAUUUAGUAGGGGAGCUAGCACGAAAUCCACUGAACGAGAAUGAUCAAAAUUUUAACCGAUGGAGUUCCAUUUUGCCCUAUCAAAG